GGUUUCAGCGGGUGAGUGGUAGUCGUGCUGUUCCUGUCCGGGGUUUACUUUUAAGACGCAAAGAAAAGUGGCAUCAGUUUAAGUUUUUGCUGCUUUUGUUUAAUUCUCACGUCAGCAUGCGAUAGAAUUUUUUGAUUUUCCAAACAGUGUCGUCGACGAGCACCGGAUUUUCUUUUCUGAAAGUCGGAUAACGAAGGCCGUCACCAUGAACUCCGUACUGUCAUCUGUGCAGUCCCUCAUGCAAAUGUUUGAUGGCAAAACACAAGAAUUCAUUAAUGACAUUAACAAUGUCCACAUGGUUUGGCUUGAGGAGAUCCAACAAGAAGCCAACCGCAUGUUGUCAAGAGAUUUUAAUGAUGAACCAGAGUUGAUGCCAAAAACGCCAUCACAAAAAAAGAAUAGUCGCAGGAAGCGUAUAUCUCUAGGGCGUCAGGAGGAAAAUCAAGCAAAUCGAAGAUUUUCAAAGGGAAGGCGCAGUAAUCUUCGUGGCUCGUCUAGCAAAUCACUAAACUUAAUUCCUGAAGAAAUUCCUGAGUCUUCUGCUUCUGAAACCAAAGCUUCACAGGCUAAGCGACCCACCCGUAAAAACAAACAAACGAAACCUAAUGUGGACGAGGAUGGGACACAGCCAUUUAGCCACAACUGUAAUACAGAGGAUGUGCAGAACAAGAAGCCACAGCUGGUAAAUGAUGAAAAGCCGGACAACAAUAGCGAGAUGGAGGGUAAUCUUUGUGGCUCGUCUAGCAAAUCACUAAACUUAAUUCCUGAAGAAAUUCCUGAGUCUUCUGCUUCUGAAACCAAAGCUUCACAGGCUAAGCGACCCACCCGCAAAAACAAACAAACGAAACCUAAUGUGGACGAGGAUGGGACACAGCCAUUUAACCACAACUGUAAUACAGAGGAUGUGCAGAACAAGAAGCCACAGCUGGUAAAUGAUGAAAAGCUGGACAACAAUAGCGAGAUGGAGAGUACAGAAGUAAAGUUUGAUGGCGCAUGCAUCCCUGCCCAGUCGCCACCAAAGGUACCCUCACCAGAGAUUGUUGUCAGAAUCUCAUCAGUAGACCGCUUGUCUGCUGAACUGCUUGAAAAACCAGAACCCUCUCCCAGUCGUUCUGCUGCAAAGAUUGAAAUAGCUGGAUCUGGUACCAGCUCGCGUCAGAGUUCAGUGCGAUGCUCCCUCAAGCUCCGUCACUCGCUGGCUGGUUUACGCCACAGUAUGACGCAGGAGUCUGUUCGCCGCGCCUCUCGACGCUCCAUGAUGAAGAGGAAAGCUUCUCGUACGGGCAAUUCCACUUGUAGCAGCAAUGUUGCUGAUGACUCCCCUAUGGACUCUGCUGAUGAAGAAGAACAACAGGCUGUGUUGGAGUCAGCUGUACCUGCAGACAAAGAGGAUAAUGCAGGAGCAGAACUUUCAAAAAGUCCAACGUCUACACAGACUCAGGAGCGUGCACAUCUAUCUGUUGGACGUAUUACUCGUUCUGUUGCUGCAAACUCUCCUAAACUGGCGCCUCCUUCAUUGUUUACCAGUGUGGUAACAAUGAGCACCCCACAAAAGACAAUAGGUGUUGCUGACAAGCACCGGAUUACCCAGUCCAGUCGUAGGUUUAAGGGUUGUGAUGCAGGAAGCGAACAUCAAGGAACUAGGGUGUUACCGUCACAUUGGUCACGGCGCAGUACAAAACGCAAAGCACCAGAUACUGUAGAGGAAAGUCCCACAAAACGGUUCUCUCCUCCCAAGAAAAGCCAGAGUGCAAUCAGACCAAAUAUGAGAUCAUUUCUUCACACCGUGCAGAAGAAUCAAAUGCUAAUGAUGACUCCAAAUUCUUUCGGUCGCUCUUCUGCGAUUAAGUCCUUCAUCAAACACACCACUCCGUUGAGAGUUGAUCCUAAGCUCAGUCUUGGUGUAGUGACAAAACAGCGUAACAAGCUGGAAGCCAUUAAAAAGAAGCAGGAGCAAGAGGAUGAACGAAUAAAGAAAAUAGAGGAAGAUAAGAGAAAAAAACAGGAGGAAAUGAAAAGGAAGAGGGAUGAGAGGCUAAGGAGGGUGUAUGAGGCCAGAGUGAAAGAAGAGCAGAGGGAGGAAGAAAAGAAAAAGAAGAUUGAGCAAAAAAUGGCUCAGAUAGAUGAAAAAAAUGAUAAGCGUCUGGCAGAAGAAAAGGCCAAAAAGAAGGUGGCAUUAAAACGCCAAGAAGAGCUGGAGCAGAAGAAGAAACUGGAAGAGGAGGCCAAAAGGAAGAAGCUCCAGCAAGCGGAGGAAGAAAAGCGGCAGCACGAGCUUCUGGCUAAAAAGAAAGCUGAAGAGGAGGAACAGCGAGCUCGUAGGCUGGCGGAGGCUCGCAAAGCGCUAGAGCUGAAGAAGGAGCAGGAGCGCGAGAGGGAACGAGAGUUGGAGAGAGAGCGGCAAGCUGCUGCUGAAAGGGAGCGAGCAGAGAAAGAAAAAGCUCUGGCUCUGCAACGUGAAUUAGAGAGAGCAGCCAGAGAGAAAGAAAGGAGGGAACUGGAGGAGAAAAGGAGGCUGCACGAAGAAAAGAUAAAACGGGAGCAGCAGCAGAGGUUGGCUGCAGAAGAAAAAGCUGCUAAAGAGAGAGAAGCUGCUGCUAAAAAAGCUGCUGACACACGGGCUGCUGCUGCUACUGCCUUGAAUGUGACUGUGGAUAUUGAGAGCUCUGUAAUGACCACACCUAUAGGAAAAGGGGCUGGUCUGAAUGUGACCGUGGAUAUUGAGAAAUCGCCACAGUCUUACUCCCUCACACCAAAUUCUGGAAACUCUUUAAAAAGUACUGAGGAUUAUGGGAUGGACCAAAAUAGUGACGACUCUACCGAUGAUGAGUCUGCACCAAGGAAACCGAUUCCAUCCUGGGCAGAAGGUCCCAAUCUGCAGCAGAUAAUUAUGAAGCAAUACUUCAACCCUCCAGAUUUAGACUCUUUCUUCGGACCAAUUGAAUCACCAAAACUGGAAAACAUCUUUUACAAGAGCAAGCCACGGUAUUUUAAGCGCACCAGCUCUGCUGUGUGGCACUCGCCUCCAGUAGGACACAAGUGAUUCUGUACACGGAUACAGAUGCAUACUGCUGUAUAAUGUUAGUCUUGUUUGUGUUCUGUUUCCAAUAAAAUGUAAUUUUUAAUUUUUUUUUUCUUUUCCCCACUAUUCUACUUGUUUUUGGUGUCAGUGCUGUAGUUUUGUCAGGUAAUGUGCAUGUAGGUGACGUAAUAAAGUUGAUGCUUGAACUUGUAAAACACGUCUGUAUAAUCUAAAUAUUUGAAUUUUCUUGUUUUGAUUGAUCAGUAAAGGCUUUUAUUUGAA